UUUUUCUUCUCAGUUUCCUAUACUUGUGGCAUAGUGCAAACGCGAGGAGGAACGGACACAGCAUUGGUUAGUUGUGGCCCAAACCUCAUCCCGCGGACAUGGCUAACAAGGGAAACAAAAAACGCCGGCAGUUUUCUUUGGAGGAAAAAAUGAAAGUAGUAGAAGCAGUGGACUCUGGCAAGCGAAAAGGAGAUGUGGCAAAGGAAUUUGGCAUCACUCCCUCUACAUUGUCCACAUUCUUAAAGGAUCGUGCUAAAUUUGAAGAAAAGGUGAGAGAAGCAUCUGUGGGACCACAACGAAAAAGAAUGAGGAAUGCACUCUACGAUGACAUCGACAAAGCUGUGUUUGCUUGGUUUCAAGAAGUUCAUGCAAAAAACAUUCUUGUAAGUGGAUCGGUGAUUCGAAAAAAAGCAUUAAAUUUGGCAAACAUGCUAGGCUAUGACAAUUUUCAAGCAAGCGUUGGCUGGCUAAAUAGAUUUCGGGAUCGUCAUGGGAUUGCUUUAAAAGCAAUCUGCAGAGAGGAUAAUGAUAAAUUAAUGAAUGGUAUAGAAAUAGAUAAGGUUAAUGAGUGGCAUGCUGGUGAAAUUAUAAAACUAAUUGCUGACUAUAGCCCAGAUGAUAUUUUUAAUGCUGAUGAAACUGGCAUGUUUUUCCAGUUGUUGCCACAACAUACACUUACUGCUAAAGGUGAUUGUUGUAGAGGUGGUAAGAAAGCCAGACAACGAUUGACUGCACUUUUUUGCUGUAAUGCAUCAGGAACUGAAAAAAUGAAACCACUGAUUGUUGGCAAAUCAGCUACCCCACGAUGCUUCAGGAAUGUGCAUUCACUUCCCUGUGAUUACCGUGCCAACCAGUGGGCAUGGAUGACUCGAGAUUUAUUCAAUGAAUGGCUAAUGAAAGUUGAUGCAAAGAUGAAGCAAGCAGAACGCAGAAUUCUCAUGUUGAUCGACAACUGUUCUGCACAUAACAUGCUUCCACGUCUAGAAAGAAUUCAAGUUGGCUAUCUUCCAUCAAACUGUACAGCUGUUUUACAGCCACUGAAUCUUGGUGUAAUUCAGACCAUGAAAGUUUUAUAUAGGAGUCGCCUCUUGAAGCAGAUUGUCCUCAACCUCAAUAAUAAUGAAGGGAAAGAAAAAAUCAACAUUAAACAAGCUAUUGACAUGAUAGCUGGUGCAUGGUGGUCUGUUAAACAAUCCACAGUAGUGAAGUGCUGGCAAAAAGCAGGUAUAAUUCCAAUGGAAUUUACUGAUACUGAGCCAGAAGAUGAUGGUGAAACAGAUAUAGCAAUUGAAAAAUUAUGGAAUUCAGUUGCUAUUGCUACAUGUGUUCCAAAUGAGGUUACUUUUCAGGACUUUGUAACUGCUGACAAUGAUUUACUUAUAUCUCGUGAGUUAACAGAUGUAGAGAUUGUUGAAAGCAUGAUGACUGGUACUAGGCCUGAAGAAGGUGAAAGUGAAAGUGAGGAUGAUGAAGGUGUCUCUUUCUUGGAGCAGCCAAAACUAACCAUUACAGAAGCCAUCUCAAGCGUAGAAAAACUCAGACAAUUCCUUUCUACAUGUACAGAUGUUCCUGAUGCAGUCUUUGGACAGUUAAAUGGUAUAGAUGAAUAUUUAAUGACAAGUGUAACACAUACUUCUGUGGAGUCAAAAAUUACAGAUUUUCUCCAAACAAAAUAA